AUGCUCAGGCCACAAAUCCUUACCGCCGCAUACAAAUUGAAGCCAGACUUCAACAAGUAUAAGCUCACCGAGCAGCCGGCUGGAUACAUCGUGGACACAGUCAACGAGGCCUACCGCUCGCCUCCUGCCGACUGGUACCAUGGUGCCUACCACUGGGGCUAUGAGAGAUUGAUCAGCAUGGGUAUGGUGCCACUUUUCAUGGUGCCGUUUGUUGCUGGGGUUGAGUACUCCGCUGUCGAUGCCGCCUUGAGCACUCUUUUAAUUUUCCACUGCCACACUGGUUUUGUCAGCUGUAUCAUUGAUUACAUCCCGGAGAGAGUCUACGGUGUCUGGCACCGAAUUGCCCGUAGGGUCUUGACCAUGGGCACCCUUACGGGGAUGUAUGGUAUCUACCUCCUCGAGACCGAGAACAAUGGGUUGUUUGAAUUGGUCCAGCGGUUGUGGACCGCCUAA